CGCAUGUUCUGCUGACGUCAGCCUGGUCUUCAAAGAAAAUGGCGGAGCCGGAGUUAAAUGUUGACAGUCUCAUAUCUCGUUUACUGGAAGGUUUCUGUUUACAAACAUUGCUUUUGAUUUGAUUACACUCCCGUCAGAUAUAUGACACAAUUAGGUCGUCCAUUAAAUUAAAAUUAUACCCGGGGCAUUGCAUUAUUGCCUUUUGAAACUUAAAGAUAAUGUGAAAAUAAGUCAACGUUGGUAAAGUCUUGGACUUGGACUUGGGCGAAACUUGACAAUGAAUCUGGAACUCACUGCGGAACUGGAAUAAAUAAUAAUUAUUAAUCUAGAAAUAAGCAUUUGAAGUCCUACUGAUAAAAAUGCGUCCGAUAGUACUUAAUAAUCGUAUUGCGGACCGGGAAUUCUAAUAAAUGUCGCCAACAAAAGGUUUAGCUAGGGCCUAGGUCCAAGUCUUCCAAUUCCAAGUACUACAAAGAGGCUAAGUACCAAGUCCUAACUUCUGACUUAGGCCUAGAAAAAUAAUAAUAUUAAGCUAGGCCCAGCGUAGUGCCUAAUUGUUAGUAAUAUUAUUAUUAGGCCUAUCCUAAUUAAUAUGCCCGGCACUACGUACACCGUGGCGGUGUACCUAGCGAAACUAUUGACUUUGGCUUUGGCCUGCGUACACCGCGGCGGUGUACCUAGCUAAAUCAUGGUCUGUGGCCUGCGUUCACCGCAGCGAUUUAAAGUAGCAAAACUAUGGUCUUUGCGAGUCUUUAACUUUUUUGGUCUAACCAGUACUUGUAGAUUUAAUGUUAUACUAGUGUUAAAACUGAAAACUAUUUAUUUAAAAUUCGUUUAUUACCUUGGGAAGAUAUUGAGUAAGCUCCACGCUUAUGUGGCAAAGUGCAUGUAAAGCAUUUCUUCUUAUUUUUGGAAGGGAGGGGGCUGGGGGUGUAAUGUUAAACCGUGAUUUAUUUUUAAAGUUAACCACUUUAUUCCCCCUCCCCCAAUAUAUUGAAAUACAAAUAUAUUUAUUAAUUGUAAGUUUUAUCAUAUGGUUGUGAAUCUUAAUUUGAAAUUAUUCUCUCAUGCCCCCCCCCCCCCCCCCAUUUUUUUUUUGUUUUUUUUGUUUUUUUUUUUUUUUUUUUUUUUUUUUUUUUUUUUUUUUUUUUUUUUUGGGGGGGGGGGGGCAUUAUAAAUAUAACAUUGUAUGUGAUCCCUCGGGCAUGGUGUAAAAAUGAAUGGGAAGACAGUGAAUCUAUUUUGUUAGCACCAAGAUAUAAUUACGCCACAAAUACACUACGGGAAGAGAAUCACAUACUCAUACAUUGAUCAUGAAGUUGUGAAGUUAAAGUAGUCCGAGGCAUUGUCAUUGUGACACCAAGCAUGUGUCAACACAAAACAGCAGUAAGAUGAUCAAUACGAAACACUGCAGUUAUUUGAAAGUCUUUUAACAAUAAUUAAAAAUCAUUGAUUUAGUUUUACAUUGGCAUUACACAUUAGUAAAAAAAUGCAGGCAGAGGGAGGGGGGAUGCAAAAGGUAAGUUUGUUGUGCGGACGUCCUUUGUGGACAACCCCUAUCCUGAGCCGUGAUUUGUGAAUGCCCUCUUUUUGGUUAAGCCUCUGCCCAUAACUCACCACCAUCCCCCACUCCCCGGCAAGGAUCAAUUUCUUAACAAAAAAAAAACAACAACAACAAAUACAAAAACUUUGACAUAGUGCAAAUCCUGUCCCAAGCCCAUUGUGCAAUGGUUUCUGUGAGAAAACGUCAUGUUUUACCCUGAGAAUAGCACAUGCCAUGUCAUGCUAUUCUGGAAACAAAGUCCGUCAUGAAAAGGGUAGACGCAAACCUAUGGCUGUGCUAUACAGUUUGCUAGCACUCCGCAAGUUUCUAAAAUCGAGGUGUUUUCAAAAUAUUUCCUGUGAGACUGAGUGUUGUGAAUGAACCUUUGAUAUCGUAUGUACAUUUUGCCAAUGCAUAAGGCAUAGUCAAAGCAAGAUGGUUGAAAUACGACCAUGCACAUUAAUGACAUUAAUAUUCAUAUGCAUGAAUAUUAUUCAUACUGGUAUUUUCUUUGGGUGUUCAUAAAAGUAAAAUGUAAAUAUUGAACUACACGAAGAAUGUUGAAAUACAAUAGAAUAUCAAUCACUUAGUAUUCAUAAUGUUUCUGUUAUACAUGUUACAUUGACAUACACUAACUAUACAUGAUCAGCAUGUAUUACAAACUUCAAGUUUGUUUUCAAAUGUUUAAAGUCUUAUUACUAAAUUUACCGGUAUUUUCAAAGUCAAAGGCCGCCACAACUUGUUGAAACACUUAUAUAUAUAUAAAUAUAUAUAUAUAGUGUAUUUAAUAUAAUAUUUAAACAUAUAUUUAAAUUGUUUAAAUUGCUACAAAAUAUUUUAAAACUAAAAUGGGAGGAAAAAAACUCGAUCCCCUACUGAGAAUUGAUCUCAAACUAUAUUAUCGCCAAGCGUCCACUCUACCACUUGACAACACAAGAUCUUCUCUAACAAGUAUAUCUUAAAACCAGGCCAAUGGUAAAUUUUUGCCGCGGUGUACCCAGGCCAAAGCCCACGAUUUCACUAGGUACACCGCCGUGGUUUACGCAGGCCAAAGCCGAUGGUUUCGCUAGGUACACUGCCGCGGUGUACGCAUCCACUUCGAAUUAUUAAAUUAAUAUUAUUAAUAACUAGGCAGACUAUUGUUAAUUUUAAAAUCUAUUUCUCUACCAAUUAAUGUACAUCUUGCAUGCAAAUAAUAGAAAAAAAUUGAAUUGAAAGUGGCUUGUAAACAUUUUUGUUUAGUUUUUUAUUUGAGUUUGUGUACCAGUAACCCAUAAUAUAAUUAUGGGGCCAGUAUUCAGAAUGGAAUAGGCAACCAAUAAAAGUAAAAGAUUUUAAAUUGUAAAGUAAACAUUUUAAAUUGCUACAAAAUAUUUUAAAACGUCUCAUAAAACUACUGUUGCUGAUGAACAUGAACAUAAAAUAUUUUUAAUUAAAAUGGGGAAAAAAAAGGGUUCCCAUGCGGGGAAUUGAUCCACAAAUAUAAUAUCGUCAAGCGGCCACUCUACCAGUCUACCACAUGACCACACAAGAUCUUCUUAGUAGAUUCUUCCUUCGGAAUAAUAACGCCUACUAGUCGUCCGGCGGUCAUGUGACAUGCUCGCCGGACGUACAUUUCCAACACUAUUUGUCCAGCGCGCCGGACGUGUAGACACUUCGCGUCCAGCGGUCACGUGACAUGCUCGCCGGACGUAUAUCUCCCACACUAUUUGUCCGGCGCGCGGGACAUGUAGACACUUCGUAAUAAUUAAUGCCAUUCUGGAAUUUUCAAAUUAAAUUCAUUACUCCUAACUAGUCCUAAGCAAUAAUUUAAUUAUUUUAAUAACAGACACUUCAGUUAAAAUAGUUGGGCAUAUGCCUAUAAUAUAGCAUAUACUACACCUUGCCAGGGGUCUGAAACCUUUUUUCAGUGAAGAAUUAAGAUCAUUUUUAUACUUGUAAAAAAUAUUUAAGGAGCUGCUGGUGGUGGUGUACUGUUGUAGGAAGGAGGAUGCGGUGGGGGUGGUACGCCCUGAGUGACAGUUUUUGCCUUUUAUUGAGGGGCAACAUUUUUGCAGCCUGGUGUUUUUUCUUGUAGGGGAGGGGGGGUGGCUAAAAGCUUUACCAUGCCUGGGGCGGCAUAAACCCAGGCUACUCUGCAAGGCAAAGGUGAAUUAGGAAGCCAAAUGCGUACAUGACACCUGGAGUAAUAUUAGAAAAUAAGUUUUUAAUAGGUGUAAUUAAAAGGACACAUUUAUUCAUUUACAGAGUGGCAUGAGUUGUCAGCCACUGUAGUCUGCAGUACAUUAUACAAAAUAUAGUAUUUCCCUUGUAAUUUCAAAUUUGUCUUUUUUUAAGUUCGGGGAUGUCGUCCAGGCAAAACAGUCCAAAUGACAGAGGCUGAAGUCAGAGGACUUUGUCUCAAAUCAAGAGAAAUUUUCUUAAGUCAACCAAUCCUUUUGGAAUUAGAGGCUCCUCUUAAAAUAUGUGGUAGGUUUAUUAUAAUUUCAUGAUAUCCAUUCUGUUCAGACUUUUCUCCUGUUUUUAUAGUAGGACAUAGCAUUUCAAAUAAAGAAGUUUAAUAUUGUUAAUUAGUUAAUUUAUUGAUUUAAUUCUUAUCAACCAAAAAGAGUGUCUUUGAAGUGUAUCAUUAUACACAGGCUGUCUUCAAAAUUGUAUCUUUAAAUGUACAAAAAAUAAUUCAAAGAAGGCCUUUUAAGUAGAAUUUUUUGCAAUGAUUUUUUGCAAACAUUUGAAGCUGACAAGUUUUCUGAAAUAUAAAAUACAAAGAAAACAAGCAAAACAAUCCCUUCAUUAUCAUUAAAUUUUUCAGGUUUACAUAUUAAGAACAAAGUUCCUAGUUUCCCAAGAAUAGUGAAAAUAUAAUUAGUCUAGCAUUAAAAAUAAACAAUAAGAGGUAUGUCUAAUACUAAUUUAAUCUAAGUUGUUUACUAUAAAUAUUGCAGGUGAUAUUCAUGGCCAGUACACAGAUUUACUAAGGUUAUUUGAAUAUGGAGGAUUCCCACCUGAGUCAAAUUAUCUCUUCCUUGGUGACUAUGUAGACAGAGGAAAACAAUCUUUGGAGACAAUAUGUCUUCUGCUGGCUUAUAAAAUUAAGUAUCCUGAGAAUUUUUUCUUGUUGCGGGGUAACCAUGAGUGUGCCAGCAUCAACAGAAUUUAUGGAUUUUAUGAUGAAUGUAAGAAUAAUACAUUUUCAGUCAAUUUUUAUUAGUUAAUCAAUACAAUUUAAUAUUUGUAGCAAAUAUUUUCUCAAAUUAAAAAACUUAUUUAGUUUCUUCUACAUUAAUUUGAAUCCUUUGACUGCAGUACUUUCUCUGCAUAAUGCAUUUUAACCCUUUAACUGUCGACGGCAGAAAAUCAGCUGUCAUACGCCUUUCUGUGGUAUCAAGGCCAAAAUCGGCCUCUAGCAAAAUUAUCAUUAAAAAUAUGAAUGAUUUAAUAUAUAUAUUCUUUAAGGGAAAAUAACUCUAAAUAAAUAAGUUUGCUUUCUAUUUCUGUUUCUAUCUGUGUGUCAAUGUGCUUUUAUAAGGGCUUGUUUUGUGAUUAAUUGGUGUGAAAUUUGCUCAAUUUAUUUGACUGCCAUUAUGUCUGAUGCUGGAGAUAUUCCACAUGCUUGGAAUUAAGGUAUUUGCUCUAGUUGUGAUAGUGACAUAGUAGUCAGAUAGUGACAAUUUUAGCCCUAAGCUUAGUCAUAUUGUUACAGAUGAAUUAGUUUAGGAUAGGAUGGAAAUCAAACAGAAAAGACGAAGAUUUGAUUGCAAAUACCUAUCCUAAAGAAAUUUAAGACAUUUAAGUUUGUGUAUGUUCUGGAGUAUUAAUUAAUAAAAAAUAAGUUUAAUAACUUCAGUUGAAAAUAAAUUUUUUGAACUCAUAUCAUGCCCUCACCCUUGUAUUUUGUAUGACAUAAAUUUGAAGGAACUGAAUGAAAGAAAUUUACUAAAAUUACAAUUUUCAAAAUAAUACAUAUAAAUGGAAAUUUUCUGAAAGAAUAUUCCUUCUAGUAUCUCAAAAUUUUGAUUUUAUGAUAUUUUAAACAAUUCAUGGAGUAUUAGAUUGGUCAAAUUCAGAAGUUGAGUAGUAAAAUUGUACUCACUCUCUAAAGGUCAAGAUCAAUAUCAACAUACAUAAUAUAAAACCAAAUUCUUGUCAUACUAUAAAAAGUCCUUUGUACUUUCAGAAAAUGUAUACCUAUAAGGGUCUCUGAAUUUAUUUAGUAUGGGAUUUUGUCAUUUUUAACUAGCAUAUGAAAAUGCUAUUAAUGGCUCGACGCCACAGAAAAAUGCACUUUGACAUUUAUGUAGUUAAGAAAUUAACAGUUAUUUUCCUCUUUUUAAUGCGUUUAAAUUCUUCUUUAAAAGAAAGCUUGUUUUUUUUAAAGUUUAAAAAUAUAUUUUUUAUUUAGAAAUUUCAAAUCAUAAUUUUCAUUACCGACUCAGAAGACCCCAUAAUUUAGGCAUAUUUUGAGAGUGCAAAUGCAGUGGUUUUUUAUUGCCACUGACUGUGUCACUCUAACAGUACAUGUUCAAAACCUAUACCAUUAUAUCUUUAAAAAAAUUAAUUUGUUAACUCAAUAUAGGUAAAAGGAGGUUCAAUGUAAGGUUAUGGAAAACCUUUACUGACUGCUUCAACUGUUUACCCAUUGCGGCCAUCAUUGAUGAGAAAAUCUUCUGCUGUCAUGGAGGUACAUUUUUUACCUCUGUUGUUAUAAAAUGGGUUUUCUAAAAAAUGUUUUUUGUUUGGUGGAUUCCAUUACAAGUGCAUUCUUUUAUUUCUUAGGAAAGAAGAAAAUAUUACAAAUUUUGCAAGAUGGUCAUAUUAACAUUAAAAAAAAAACCACCUAAAAAUGACUCCAUACCAAGAUGCAUAACAAAAAUUUAUGUAGCACCACAUUUUAUGCAAUUUAUUCUAAUUUAAUUUUUGGACGUUGUGUCCACUUUUACAUGGCAUUCUCCUGUAUCUGACUUGACAAAAUUAAUGAUCAAACAGAAGUCAAACAUUAAAAAAUAUACAGAGAUCAAGCAACUUUUGAUAGACUAAUUCCUUUUGUUAGAUUUAUAUAAAAAUAAUGUAAACCUUAAAUGCAGAUUUUCAACCUGAAUUGAUUACAGACCUGUUUACUCUUACGAUUUUGGCGUACAAUUUACGAUUUUGAGGUAUAUAGAUUGUAUAUACUGUAUGUUUAUUUUUUUACUAUAAAGAUAAUGUAUUGAACGAUUUUGUGAUGAUGUUGUACGAUUUUAGGAGUUUGAGUGUAAACAGGUCUGUGAUUAUUUUAAAGUAAAGGCUAAUUUAUAUGGAUAUUUUCAAAGCUAAUACAUAUUUUUUAUUUAUAAUAUUACUAUCAAGUUAUAUUGAUUUGUAAAUCCCACUAUAAUAGUUUUUAUUCAUGUUAUUUAAUUGCGCUAAAUUAAAAUUAAUUUUCACUUAUCCCUUAAACAGGUUUAUCACCAGAUUUACAAACAAUGGAACAAAUCAGACGUAUUAUGAGGCCUACAGAUGUCCCAGACACAGGUUACUUUUAGUUUUUUCCUAACCUCCCACACCACUAAAAACCACUAAAUCCAAUUUUGAUGUGCCCAAUAACUUGAUAACUAACUCCUUAAAAAAUAUAAUUUACCAGUGACUUACUGCUCCAAUGGUCAGUACACAUCAUUUAAUGUAUAUUAAAAAAAUAUUUAUUUUUGUGCAAAAUAGUUAGUUUUUACCCAUAACCAUGUUUUACAGAUCUCCACUCCUAUGAAAUUUUCUGGUUGCAUGGUAUAAUCCAAUGUUUAUCUUUUAAAAACAGUCCCUUUAAAGCAACAAUAGUUUUCAGCUUUAUUAUACAUUAGAAAUGAUUUCUACUUCAAUUGUCAUAUUUCAGAUGGAAGUUAAUUUUUUAAAUGAUUAAAAAAAAAAUUUUUUGGUGAUACCUUUUAAAUACUUCUAGUAGAGUUAUAUUGGAAAAAAGAACAUUUAGAACAAUUUAAUUUGGAGACUCACAAUAUUUGUUUAGCAUAGUCAGCUACAAAAUUCUGCAAAAUUGCUCUUCUCUAGUGCUUCAGUUUCUAAAACCCUGACCUUUAUUUUUACUUCUUCAAAUUGGAAGUAAGAAUAAAGGAUUGAAUUUAUUUUUCAAUUCUUGCAUCCAGCACAGCAUUGUUCCUUGUCUUUUUGAGUGAGUUUAUGUAAUUUGGCUAAUUUUCAGGUCUCCUUUGCGACCUGCUGUGGUCAGAUCCAGACAAAGAUGUUCAAGGCUGGGGGGAAAAUGACAGAGGAGUGUCUUUCACAUUUGGGGCCGAUGUGGUCAGCAAGUUUCUUAACAGACAUGACCUGGAUUUGAUUUGCAGAGCUCAUCAAGUAAGUACCGUCUUCCCCUCUGGUUGCUGAAAUAAAAAAUUUAACCCAAUUGCUCCCACAUUGUUUUGACUGAAUUGAAACUAAAACUAGAUGUAUGAUACACUCUAAGUUUAUCAAUUACAACACAAAUCAUUUUCUAAUAAUUUUUAUUAUUGAACAUAAUUUUUAGUGUUAUUUAAUAAAUUAAGCCACACAAAAGAAAAUAUUCAUGGAUGGAAAGGUGGAUUAAAAAAUUGCAUCAAUGUGGAGAACACAGUAACAUCAUUAAGUGAAAACCAUCAUGUUUAAAAAGAUUUUAAAAUGUGUCUUAGGUGGUUGAAGAUGGAUACGAGUUCUUUGCCAAGCGCCAAUUGGUGACAUUAUUCUCAGCACCCAACUACUGUGGUGAAUUUGACAACGCUGGUGGAAUGAUGUCUGUGGAUGAUUCCCUCAUGUGCUCUUUCCAGGUAGGGUUUACAGUAUUUCAGCAUCCAACUUUGGAUUAGAUUAUGUUGGAGAACAGUAAUGGCAAUGAAGAUGCUGAACUGAACUUGCAAAUAUUGAAGUUGAUUGAUUUGGGAUUUUCUUUUGGACAUGUUUUGAGUGAGUAAUUGAAGAAUUAGACCUCACUUAAAUGUUUAUCUUAAAUUUAAUUAUCUCAAACAUUCGAAAUGGGUGGCCAGGUAGCACAGCCUGUAAGACAAUGGGACAAGUCAGCUAAUGGUCUGGGGCUCAAAUUUUAGCAAUACUUAAUGCCCAGACUUAAGUGGACCUGCUAGAAGAGUUUUCAAGCACAUUCCUAGAGCUGAAUGGGCUAGCAUGCAUUUCCGCGAAGCUGGCUGGACUUAAUUUGCUUUUAACUUGACAGUGGAUUGGACUGACAUCACCUUUGAACCCCCAAUGGCCAACCUCAACAUCUGUUGCCUGGAAUGUCAUUAAUGUAUAAGCCAGUGGACUUAACAUGCUUAAAUGGCUGGAAUAAAAAGCAAAAAUGGCACUAAUGGUACCAUAAAAUAAUACGUACAUGAAAAACGGAACAAUAAAAAACAAAACUCAUUGGAAAUAAAACAGAUAUUGCUAUUGAAAAAUUUAAGUUAAUCCUUUUUUUUUUUCUCACUAAAAUCAUUAAAAACUUUUCACCAAUAGCAUUUAUUAAAUGUUCUCCAUAUCAUUUUUCUUUUGUUUCUGACCAGAUCCUUAAACCAUCAGAGAAAAAGGCAAAGUAUCAAUAUGGAGGGCUAAACUCUGGCCGUCCGGUAACGCCUCCUCGGGGACCACAACAACCUAAGAGCAAAAGCAAGGCCUAAUUAUCAGGACAGUGCCUUUAGAUGGAACAAACAGGAGUAGAUGAGUUUUUUUUACAUAUUCAUUUUGAUCACACCCCCAGAAAAAUACACAAAAUAAUUUUUAAAGACUAAUCAUAUUUUUUAAAUUUUGUAUAUGCUAUGAAGGAGAUGGGUGCCCUUAUAUAAUUCCUUCGAUGAAUUAUUUCAAAAUGACUGUGAAUUUUAUUUGUGAAUUUCUGCUAGGUCACUUUAAUGUACUUGGAGGCUUUAUUGUAACAAAAUCUUUAUGAAAUAAAAAAAUACUGUUAUGAUCUCUAAAAAUAAAAUUCUGCAUUUAACAAAAACCAUGACUUAACAAUGGGACUAAUUUCUUGUAAAAUUCUUAAUGACUUAAAACUUGUCUACUUCUGUACAGUAUGAAUUUUUUUUUUUAGAAUUAAGAGAUACAAAUGUGCAAGAAUUUCUUUCAUUUGUUGUCAUCUUGUUCGCUUCAAUUUUGCCAUAGGGUGCAUCGUUCUUAAUGUCUUUCACAACAUAAAUGAUCUAUCAGAUUUUUUUUUAUCCAAUCCAGUAAUGUCGAAUUACCUAUUGGGUAAAGAAUUUAACAUAAAACUUACUUAACACUUGAAUGCCUCUGAGUUAUGUUCAUUACAUGGAUAUGAUUUUAGGAGAGUUUAACCAUAAAAGCUUCUUAAUAUAAUAUUUUCUCCAUUGCUAUUUGGGGUUAGACUCCAAAUGACUUUGUAGAUGAGUUUGCCAAGAAAAUUUGAAAUAUGUGGUAAAAAUACUAUGAUUGCAAUAAACUUAAAAAGUAGAUUAAAGAGAAAAAUUGUGUGUGUGUUUAAUGAUUAAAAUAUGGUGAAGUUUCAUUUAUGACAUAAAAUUUUGCUGCAGUAUGCCUUCUACUGCAGACUAAAAACAUAUGUUUAAGAUUAAACAAAAGCAUGAUAAUAACUAAUAACAUACUCUUUUUAAUAAUAAUUGUAAUAAUAAUGUUACUUCUACAAACAGAAAAGCUAUAGGAGCAAUGAGCCACACAAAAAAAUAACUUAAGGAAAGUGGAAACAUGAAUGAAAUAUUUAGCUCUUAGUAAUAAAGAGCCAAGUGUUCUUAUCUACAGAUGUCUUGAUUAACACUGCAACAAAUCAGUUGGUAUAAUUCUUCUAUCUCCACUAACAUGUUUUGUUUUUGCAGAAUAAUAUAAAUGUGUGAUUAAAAUAAUUGCUGCAAUUGUAAAUUUAGCAGCGAGAUGCAAAUUUUAAAGAGAUUCAUUAUUAUAACAGUAACAGAGCUUGGUUUAGCUUUGAAAAAAAAAAGUUAGAAUUUAUUUGUGCAUCUCAAUAUCAUUUUGUUAAAACCUUUUGUGAUACUAUGAUUUUAAAUUGUCUUGAUAUCCAAUAAAAUAUUUAGAAAAUAAUACUUUAAAAAAAACUUUUUAUGAUGUUAUUAGAUGUUUGGAUUAAAAUCAACAUAAUGUUUCAACAUUGAGCAAUCACAUUCAUGUUAAGUAUCAGAUACUGUGGCUAAUGAGCAAUGAAAGUAAAGUGUGUUUUAUUUUUUAGAAACAAGUCAGUAUAAAUAUUCAACAUACGCCAACAAUUAUUUUCAUAAAUUAAGAAAUCUUUAAGCAAUAAUGGGCUUUGUAAUAAAACAAAAAAUCAAUUCUUUAUCAAGUCUAUGUCAGAUUCUGUAGUCUGCUUGGAUAGCCUUUGUUUCGUUUGUUACCACAGAUCAUGGGCUACCAUUUACAAGCCUAGACUCUAUGAGGGUAUUUAAGUUAUGAAGAAUUUUAUCAUCUACUUUUAAUUAAGUUGUACUACCAAUUUUUAUUCACCUCGAUUUAAUCAACAAUGUAUUCACCAAAGAUUAAGUCAUCAAGUCAUCCAGUUUGGAUAUUGAUGUUCUCUAUUUUUGUACUUCUUUGUUGAAUUAUAUUUUGAAGUUCAUCUUAUGACCCUUGGCUGUUUGUUUGACAUAUUUGCUAAGUUAAGUUGAUGUUAUCAAUUGGAGAAGCAUUUUGUAAAAAAAAAAAAAAAAAAAAAAAAUUAGAUAUAAAAAAAUAAAAAACAUCUUUUUCUUCUAAACUUUUUUUAUUGGCAUUACAUUGAGAGCACAUCUCAUCAUUACUGUUGUGUAGCUGUGAUGAGAUCUUUUCUAUUUACAUAUUAUGAUAGAAUAAUUUCAUAUCCUGUGGUGUCUCACUUCAUGUUAAUUAGGUUCAACUGCUAAGUCACUAACUGUAACCGAUUUGGUUUUGACUUGAUUUUCUUAAUAAAUUAUAACUGAAAUUUGACUGGACUGGUAUUUUGAUAUACUUUGAUUAAAUAUCAAGAUGUCUUAAAAGAUAAAGCAACAAACUGUGUAUUUGUCGUAGUUGGAGGUUAGAUACUUC